GUGGGAAAGGCGCUAGCGCUAUUACCUCUUCCCCUUCUGAAGUCCCUCUCUCUACGUUCGCCUCGUUCAAACCCGAAUCAAACGACCGAAGUUUGAGCUGUUUCACGCCGCGAAACAGGACGUCGCGUGUGAACCUCCGUCUCUCUCUGACGUGAGCUGGACGGAUCCGAUAGUCUUCUUCGUCUAGUACCCACUCUAAACUGCACACGCUGCCGUCCAGGAAUCGUCUUACCUAUGCGAGCGUGGUCUGGAGUCGCUACAGAACGCAUGUGGAUACGUUGACCUCUCAGACGGCUUUUCUGCUUCCGGAUGACGGUCGCGAGCGCACAGCGCUAGCAUGGCUAUGCUAGCGCUGGUUUGAAGCGUUAGUGCGAACGCGGAGUUCAUCGUAUGGCUACGUCGCCAAAGGUGUUGUUAGCCAACAGCAUGGUGGUGUCGCAGGGCAAGGUGCGGGCUAGCCCUCCCCUGCGGGACGCGGAUGAAAAUGGUGAGGACAGCGUGGUUGAGUCCUCGGGAGAGUCGGAGUGCGGCAAGUGGUCACUGGAGGACUUCGAGAUUAUCAAGACAAUAGGGACAGGUACAUUCGGUAGGGUGUGCCUCGUCAGGGAUCGGAGCAGUUCCUAUUACGCGAUGAAGAUCUUGGAGAUCGCGGAUAUCAUUCGGCUAAAGCAGGUGGAGCAUGUCAAAAAUGAAAAGAGCAUCUUGCUCCAAGUCGACCAUCCAUUCAUCAUACAAAUGACAUGGACGCACCACGACUCCACAUGCCUGUACAUGUUGUUCGAGUACGUCUCCGGAGGCGAGCUGUUCACCUACCUACGGAACGCCGGUCGGUUCAGUUCAUCGACGGGUUCCUUCUACGCUGGCCAGAUUGUCCUCGCCCUGGAGUACCUGCACCGCCUGCACAUCGUCUACAGGGACCUGAAGCCCGAAAACCUACUCUUGGACAAAGACGGACACCUCAAGAUAACGGACUUCGGUUUUGCCAAAAUGCUACAUGACAGCGAGGAUGACGCUCGGACGUGGACGCUGUGCGGAACUCCAGAGUACCUGGCCCCGGAGAUCAUCCAGAGCAAAGGCCACAACAAGGCUGUCGACUGGUGGGCGUUGGGCAUUCUCAUCUACGAAAUGCUAGCAGGGUAUCCGCCGUACUUCGACGACAACCCGUUCGCAAUCUACGAGAAGAUCCUGGCUGGAAAAGUGGACUGGCCUCGACACAUCGACCCUGUUGCCAAAGACUUAAUAAAGAAGCUUCUGGUCACUGACAGAACGAAAAGGCUAGGAAGCAUGAAGAACGGGGCAGAAGACGUCAAGCGGCAUCGGUGGUUCAAAGGGACGAACUGGGAAGACGUCUUAGAAAAAAGAGUCAAGCCGCCUAUAGUGCCCAAAGUAUCGCACGAGGGAGACACCGGCAACUUCGACGACUAUCCCGAGAAAGAUGGCGCCCGCAAGAAGCCCGUGACGCCCACCGCCGUCAGCGACAAAGACGUGGCGGUCUUCGACGACUUCUGAAGUGCACCACCUUGAUGGACCUGAUUGUCGUAUUGUUUCUCUGGGCAGUGUAGCCCGACUAGGUCGUAUACUGCAUUGUGCACUUGCCCAGUUUGUUUCUAUGGCAUUUUUGCAGGCUUGGGUAAGGUCAAGAUUUCCGAAGGUUGUUGCUGGUUUGAUGCAACAGAUGAUAUAACACGAAAAUGAGGAUUCCGAUGGAAUUACACAGGAGCGGUCUGAUCCAUACCGCUGCGGAAUUUAUUUACGUCAGAAACUUGCGACGAAUGCGCGGUACAUACAUCGGUAUCAGUGGUAAACUCCAAAUACCAGGAAGUGAUUCAAACUUUAAUUACGUUGCCACUAUUCCUGAAACGAUAUUAUUGCCUGCCGCAUAUAAAUCAAACAUCAUGAACCGUUGUAGCACACUGUGCACUUACACUCUAAUUUGCAAGAGAAAAGCUGAAGUUUAGCGUCUCGAAGACGCUGUUUGAAUUGCUAGUCAACCGCACCACAUUAAUACGGUGUACACUGAACGGCGCAGAACAUGUGCAUCGUCUGCGAUCUUGGAAAUCUCGCGUACUAUUCUCUGUGUCUGUAAUAGGGAGUUUUAGAAUAGGCGGCGUGAGAGCAGGGGACCCGCGCGCGGUGGCCAGUCUCUGCGCACAGCUUAUGGAAUGGGGAUUCUAUAACCCAGACCAGACUACUUGCGUUCCUCGCCUGCAGCGCCGCUACGGCUAACAAGGUAUAAUUCCAAAAAAUAAAAAAAUGAAAAGAAAAAGUCGAGAAAUAAUAAAAAGGAAGAAACACUUUUUGUAAACAUAUUGCGUCGUCUCUGCAUAAUAUUGCAUACUGCAUAAUUGGUAUCGUAAAACAAUACUGUUUUUGUUGUUGUUGUCAAUGUUUUCGACCGUCCGCAGACGACACGCUCACGUGAAGUCUCGUCGGCCGCGAGAGCGACGGGCAAGCCAGCUUUGCCGCCCCACGCUCACUUUUUUCGACCAAAAAGCGAAGAAAGAAAAAAAUUAAAAGAGUACGGUUUCUGUUCUGGGCAUGCGCAGUGGCGAUUACGCGGCUUCUUUGGGGCCCCAGCGCGCAUUUUGGGUCCCCUGUAUUCUAAAACUCUCUAAUAUCUUGAGCAGACGACUGAUUGUGUUACCAUUUCUCUGGGACCAUGAAAGCGUCGCGGUCUUGUUUAGUUGAUGCCUUACCCGGCCUGUUCUUACAAAGACAGCGUGGCUUAUCGCCUAUGGAUGAGCCACUUUGAAUUCAAGAAGAACUUUCCCUAUAAAAGUCAAUCAUCAACCUCUCUAAAUCAAACACUCUCUCUAAAAGUCAAUCAUCUAGUACGUAUAAGGCUACAUCCCAAUGAAAGAAAUGAUAUUUUGUUUUUAUGCUAUGUGUAGCGUAACAUUGUAUGUGUCGUUACAUGUCAGUCUUGCAAGGACUGGCUACCAGAGGCAUUUUUUGCGAGUUAUUUAUGUGUUUAUGUUGAACAUUAAAAUGCGAAUGUUUCUUAUCGGCAUCGUACAGAUAAUGAGGCAGGAGCAUUGAUAACACCAACGUCGUUAGCGAUGUCCCUGUGCAGUGCUUCGACUCGCGGGUUUCGAUCAAGCAAAUGCUAAUCAGCAACGGUAUAUAGGCAAGGUCGAUAGCAAUGUGUUCCCUGCUCAGGCGACAUGGCCAUGACGUUUUUCUUAUCACGAUUCACUUCCUGUUAUCUGUAAGAUGAACCGGUGUAAGAUGGUGAUAAUUAGUCACAGGUGCUUAGGCUAGUCACAUCAUGAAGUGGUAGCUGAUAGGUGUCUUUCACGAAAUUCGGUAGCAAUUAAAUGGAAGAAGGGUAAUUUCUGCACUUCAGUGAAAUUCAUGGCUGCUUCACUGUCUGAGGUGCUAGGUUGUGAAACGGAAGAUUGGAGUCAAAGGUCAUUGGAGUUUGUGGCGGAUACAGACGUUCCAACUGGCUUGAUAUGGACAUUUUCAGGAUGUUGUCACCGUGUAAUCAAAUCAAAUCACCUGAAAUCAAACCUACUGCUCGAUUGCACCGGUGAGGUAUGAUAUACAAAUGCAUCGUUCUGCUGGGAAUGCACGCCUUGCUUUUUCUUUUCUUUUUACAUGUGAGAGCACCAGAUAUUACCAGCGUGUUUUCGAUUUUAGUGAACUUGGGGAUACCUUCUAUAUUUAAUCUAUAGAUCAACUCAAAUCUUUGCAGUGACAGCAGUUAUACCAGAAUCGAGCUUCGGCGUUGAAUAAGGCGGUGAUCACACCGUUCCACGUCACAUUAACUGUGAUGGAAACUAAAAAAAAUGCAUGGCAACAACUUGGCCUUCAGAAGCACGUAUUAUAUUGAAAGACCACAUGCCGUAUUUUGCUAUUUUUAAUACCUGCAUCGUGGACAAGCAUUAUCGUAAACAAUUGUCGUUUCUUUAUUUCCAUGCAGUAUAAGUCGGAAAGAUCAAUUAAGACGAGCAACGAUAGCUGCGAAAAUUAGAACGAAAUUGGUUUGAAAAAGCACGCCCUAACUUGUACCUUUUAGCGCGUAUGGGGGCAAAUAGGUUUCCAUACCUGAGAGACCAAGCGACAUGAGCACACAAACAGGUACUCAUAAAGAUUGCCGCGAAGUUUUAUUGGUUGUGUAGCGCUCUUCAGAUUUUUCAGGGGGCAAUGUAGAGACGGACACUAGCAGACCAAUGAAAGAGGAUGCUUUCGUGUGGUUGCGCAACACAUUAGUUUCCCAUCCGUUCAUGAACACUUUGUACAAUUUCUUCGGGAUUGUAGCACGAGCUUUGUUGUUCCGCCAUUGAGCCUAAUCUCCCUCUUACAAUCAGUACGGCCGACAACAGAACAAGGUAUCUUAUAGAAGCCAAAAGCAAAGUACAAAGAAUAAACGGAAUUAAUUGUCGUAAAACCCUUUAAUUGCGCAGCCCCAAUUUUUCGCGAACCAAGUACAGGACAUUUGCAGGCGAAUUCCGGACAGCGUGACUUGAUUGCCAUACGGCGUGACAAGUCCAAGAUUUCUCAAUACAGCACUUGACAAAAACGGAAUUGCAUAUGCUUGUACCGCAAAGCAGUUCUGAAGCUUCCUGUUAACCUAUGCGAUCAGAACUCGUAAAUGAAGUUUGCGAUUCCUCCAUAGUUUUUUGAAAUCCGGGUUCUUGUGCGAAAUUUUCGGGCGCCCUUACAGGGGCAAGGAAGUUUCACAGAACCGGGUUAGAGACCCUGUUUCGUACGUCACGCGGUCUAUCAGGGGCCACAGUGCACGGUGUUUUUGCACUGCGGUGUAUUGCCGCGGCACAAAUGAAAUUUACAAACAAUGAUCAAAGAAAGCAGCCAUCGGCCCCGCCCCAAUCUCCGCGCGUGACGUCUGCAUACCCGCGCAGGAUCCGACAUGCGUGAGGAGCAGCCGUAAGCUCUCAUUGGUCACCGAAUAUUCGUGCGUUACUGCGACGACGCUACGGCCGUGCCGGGCUGCGUGACGAGACACCUGAUUGGCCCUCCCGUCGGGACUGCGAACGUCACGAGGCGACGUCGGCUUCCCUGGUUACGCGCUAUUUGAAGGAGUGGAGAGUUCCCCGAGGGUGUGCAGAUCAGAAAUCCCCCCUGCGCUAUACAGGUUAGCUGCACUCGUUUUUCUGCAAAGGAGCUCAUGCUACUUGUUGCACAACAUGCUGGGGCCAAAAUCGCCAAAUUUUACGGACGGCAGUUUCACUGCCCGCUUCAAAAUUCGCCAAAUUUUUAAUUUGAGACAUUCGCGAAAACUAGGGGUUGGCGCACAUUAAAGGGGCACAAAAGUGCAAAAUUUUUGCCUAGUAGAAUGGAAGAUGCCACUACCUUGACAUUAAUACAAAAGGAACGGAAUUCAUCUGUUGCGUCGUUCGCGAUUUAUAACGGAAAGAAACCGCAAUGUACGCUUUCACCCCCCUUCUCAAGAGGCGCGCUAAUGCGGAGAGGCCUGUCAUUGGUCUCCUCAAGCAAUCUCCAGCGAUGAUUGGACAAAUCGUUUGAGGAGAGAGAAGACCCCGAGGAGGAGGAGAGGGAAAGCAGUUGCAGUUUCGUUGGCGCAGAAAUCACGAUUGAAUCCCGUUCCUUCUGUAUCGCUGUGACCGUGUACUCACAUGAGCGACAUUCCCCAGAAUGCUACAGCGGAAGAUGCGAAAAACGUCAUAGCCUUCUGCUGUCACGUGAUCGCCAGCGCUCAACGUCAGGUCUCCACGUACAGUGCUGCUAACCGUGGGAAAUAUCGUGCUACACAGCCACAAGAUAUUCCGUAGCAAACGACAGGAAAAGACGCUGACGGUGUCAUCUGCUAAGUGUCGUCUGCUAAGUGCGCAGUUCGCCACCCCGAUAUUGCCAAUGAACACCGGACGGAACUUCGGCUCCCGUGAGCAGUGUUUUCACCUCUUCUUCCGCUAGGGUAUUCCGUGAGGAUGUCGCUCGUGUGAAUACACGGUCAGGGUAACAGCAUCUUCCAUUCGGCGAGGAGAAACGUUUGUACUUUAGUGCCCCUUCAAGGGUUUUUACGAAAACAGUUUCUGACAAGCCCAUUUUCUGGAACCUUAUCCUCGCCACGUGCAACCCUCUUUUCCUACGGGAUGCAGAACCAGAAUCUGUCUUUCAAAUUUUGCUACCUUGAAUUUACCGCUAAUUAUUAAAGCAAAUGUAAGGUAGCGCAUUGUAACGUAAUUUAACGUAGCGCAUUUAUUACAAUUAGACCAGGACGCCUAGAUUCGUCAUAAUAGUUAGUGUGCAUAAGUAAAUAUAGACUUUUAGCGUGUAUAGAUAGCUAGUCCUCAAAGGAACAAAAAUAAUUGUCGUUUGUGUACCCCAUAUACCACAAACGACCGCCAAAACGUGAGGUUCCGUAGAUUGAAUUAAUAUUCAAUUUCAAUGUACGCUACAUGCGGUUAUAAAGCCUCAUAUACCUUGUACGCUCAUAUAGGACUACGUCAUUUCUUUCUUAUACUCCACAUUCAAACGAAUAAAUUUAUAACGCAGCUUGUACAAGUUACAAAGAUAUUUGCUGAAAACAAAUAAUAUUAUUUUUUCGAAACUUUUAAUUAUAAUAGUGUCAUAUAGCUCGGUGCAUGUUAACCGUAGCCAUUAGCGCUCAGAAAGAAAAAAAGAAAAGAAAAAGAAACACGGACGGAGAGACAUGUGAGACAGGGCCGGUACUCGACCGAUACGCCAGAGUCAGAUGUAGCGGAUCCAUGGAAUACAAGAAAGAAACAUACCAUGAAAUGCGAUAAAAGUAAUUUUCUUGGAGUUAUCUUUUUUUUUUCUUUUUUGCAGAUUUUCACAUCAGCCAUUUCUAAAGAUAAUCGGGAGGACCUGAUUUCACGCUCGCAAAGCUGUUUCGCUUCGCGGAAUUUACGUAAAGGUCGGUGGCUCCGAGAGUCGCGUGUGUAAAGUUUGUCGUUUCCAAAAGAAAACUCCUUAGUAGAUACGUGGGGCCCCAUAUAUACCAACUUUGAAACCUGUGAGAACCAUAUAUUUCUUUGAACAUCGCCAGGUAACGGCGAGGAGAUUAGGGGAAUUCUAGCAACUGAGAGCGAUUGCGCUCAGAAAGUUGCGACAACUUUUUGAGUGCAACUUUGACAACUUUUUGAGCGCAAUCCCUCUCAGUCCGACAAAAGGAGGUUCCAAACCCAGCCCACAGAGUGAUAGUAGAAAAAGGACAGUUCCUGAAAUUGGGAGAGGGAAAGUGCGAUCCCAGCGAAAGUCGGACGCGAUAAGCCAUACCCGUGUUAUCUCUUUCUGCGUUGCAGGUGUGGGCUGGGUUUCCAACCUCCUUUCGUCUGACUGACAAGGAUUACGCUGAAAAAUUUGUCGCGCGCUAGCUCCGUAGAGUAUGAUGUUCGGCUAUUUUUUCUGAUGGGAUAGCCCCUGAAUAUCUGUGUCAAUUAUCAUUAAUUUGAGUAAAUUAGAUUUACCCCGCAAUUCACAUUGGCGGGGUAAAAAAGUGACAUUUACUUGGCAAAUUUCCGACUUCAGUUCACAAAAAAUUUACAUAAAUAAACUUACCUUACACGACAUUCACAUCAGGAGGUGGCAAAAACCUAGUAAGAACAAAUGCCGUUGACCGCAUGAUUCUAGGUAGUGUAGUAUUUUUCUUAUAAUUCAAUGGCACGUUUCCUGGGACUACCCUGUACACAAUGUACGGGAUACUCGGCUGCAAUUCGAUUUUAGUUACGCACGAUUCAAACGUGCACAGGAAUAGGAAGCUUCUUUUUUUUUUUUUUUUUCGCACUCACCGGCGGUAUUACCGAUCACCGCGUCGAGCCACGCCAUUUCUAUAGCGCUCUCUUCUCGUUGAUAUACAUGUUUUUCAAGACCUUCCGGGGCCCGUCGUCCUGUCCGUCUCUGAAAUUUUAUAGCACCGUCUUCGCGGUGGCUUCAUCAGAAAUUGGUUGCAGUAUAACGACAUCCGGGAAAGAUCGUUUAAAGCUUAAUGGAUAACAACAUGACCUUCAAGUCUAUAAAGUUGUGCAAAAGCAGACCCGUAGUGUUGAUGACAUUAGCCGAAGAAAACAAGCUAUUUUUGUACCAGGGAGCUAAACAUGGCUAUGAAGAUCAUUUGGAUAUCGCGGAUAGCGCUAAACAUGGAUAUGCCGGACAAAUCGCGCGUAUCAAGAGACAUUAGGUAAGAAACUUUAGAAGACAAAAAGUGCGAUUAUGACGUUCUUUUCUUUCUCAAUUUCUUUUUUCAUAUACUCAUCCCCAUGGUAGGAAAAACGCUCCCGCAACAAGUGGAAAGAAAGAAAAAAAAACAAUAUUUUUGCUGCUCCCAUUUUCACUGUCCAUGCACAUACAAACACAUACAAGAGUUUGCAUUAAUGAUAUCGGUAUCAGGCAGCUUAGUUUAGAGGAGUUGUCUUGUGACAUGUUGAUAGAAAAAGAAUAAAAAUAUCUGUCCUGCAUGACGAGUCUUCGGUGACCCACUCCGUAGGUAUUUCCGAAGGGCAUCGGUGCAAAUAUGUGUAUCCGUACCGACUGAAAUGUACCGCAAAAGAUCCAACGUGUAGCAAUGAAGAAAAAGUGUCCAAUGUUAUGUCAUGUAACGACAAUGUUUGUACAUACCAGAAAUGUAGAGCAAAAAAAAAAAAAACAGUUGUCAGUGUGUAACGGACGUGACAGAAGGACGCACAAAAAUCGAGUGGAAUUGCCAACAUGAGGAAACACAGUACGCGAAUGUGACAAAAGUUGAAAAAGUAUUUCACCGGACGCAUUGUGCUCUUAGACACCGAAAUAUGACGAUAUAGUUAGUAACAUGCAAUUUCGCUCAUGUUUGAACCGUUUCUUGUGCUCGAAGAAAGUGUACAGCGAUAUUUGUUACGGUUACUUUGUCGUUGUGGUAGAAUACCUGACUUGUUUUUCAUUAUAUAUAGUGUUGUUAAGUAAAGCAAAUGAGAUUGAAGAACAAACAAGAUAUGAUUGUGAUAGAAAUAAAACGCCACAUGGACGAA